AUGAGAAUAAAACUUCUUAGUGAAUACCUCAGCCUCUUUGCCAUCUGCUUUACAACACUCUUCUACACACGCUGCGCAGUGCACGCCGCUUCAUCACAGACAACAGUUGUGAAACACACUGCUAGCCAUGAUCCAUCCGCGGAUGGCUUCUGGAAACGCAAUGUGCAAUGGAAGUCACGUUGGGUGAAAUAUUGGCGGCCGAAAGCGAUCUAUGUGUCCAUCUGGAAGAAAGUUUGGAGUCCGGUGGUGCAGAAUGAGUGGGUACCACUGCCUAAAGUGCCACCAGGCUGGGAGGUGCAAAAGGAGGGUAGCACGAAUAGUGCCGGUGGGAGUAGUAGCAGCAGCAGUGGUUUGCGUUCGGCCAAAAGCUACAGCGGUUGGAGUGGUGACAGUAGCAGCAGUGGGUCUAUUUAUAGCAGUAGCAGUGCGCACAGUGGUUGGAAGAAGGGCAUCAAACGCAAAUAUGUGCGCGAACUAGAUUUUGAAUAG